AUGGUGACUCUCAAAUCUGUCAAAUUUGUGAAAUGUAAGAUGAUUAGGCAUUAUAUUAGAAAAACUGAACGUUGUAUGUAUCCAGAUGGUUACAUUUUGAAAACUGUCAAGAAAGUUGUUGCUGAAAAAAAAGUAUGUGAUGUUUCCAAAGAAACCUCCAUCCCAAAAAUAUUUCUACUGAGAUAUGUUAAAAAUGUCUUGGCUGCUGGAAUUCAAGAUAAGGCUGAAGCAACUAAAAUUAUUGGGGGUUACCAAAAAUCUCGUAAGGUUUUCAGCAGUGAACAAGAAAGCAAUCUUAGCAAUUACGUCAAAAGGGCCAGUGACAUUUAUCAUGGAAUCACUACCACAGACAUGAGAAGAUUGGCUUAUCAGUACACUACCCAAGAAAAAUGUAUUGUCCCUCCCCGUCUGCCUUGCGGUAUCUGCCGCAGGGAAGUCCAUGGCACCACUCUUUGUCUUUCCACGGAAUAUUUCCUCAAUGGUGCUCCUCUCGGUUCUGCUGGUUCAGCCAACAAGUCUGGCUGGAUGUCAGACCAAGAUUUCGUUUUGUUCAUGAUACACUUCAUACAGCACGUUCGGUCUUCGAAAGAGAACGAACAACGAAGUUCUUUUAUUACUCGAUAA